AUGCGGCAGUAUGUUGCACUGCUUCUGGCAGGUUCGGCGACUGCCUUCCUAGCCCCAAGAUCGGAAACGCAGGCUCCGUAUAUCGUCCCAAGAGAUGAGGACAUCGUAGCUGAGCAUUACAUCGUCAAGCUUCGUGACGACCAUAACCUGGAAGACCACUUCACCAACAUCGGCCUCAACGUCACCGAAGUGGCAACUGAAUUCGAGAACUGGGAUCUCUUGAACGCCUACCACUUUGUCAUCCCCGAGGGCAACAGCUAUAUCGUCCACGAUCUCAUCCGCCGCGAUCCAGGUGUUGUGCGCGUUACUCACAACCACAAUGUGAGCCCUGAGCGCUCGGCCGAUGAGUACGCGCCAUCUGAACCGCCUGCUGGGGUAGUGGACGAGGAAUACUCCCGUUCUAGAUCACGUACCAAGAACCUGAAGGCUCGACAAGAUGGGUGUGGCGAGGUCCCACUCGAUUACGACAGUGAAACCCGCAAGAACACGCAGUGGAACUUGGCCAUGAUUGCUGCAGGCAGAAAGAUCACCGAGCAGCUCCAGGGUGACAUCUAUAAGGAGGAUCACCAGGCAGAAUGGUUGUCGAAUGCUGGCAAGGGUGUUGAUAUUUACAUUUUUGACAGCGGCAUUCGUCUUUCGCACAAGGCCUUUGGUGGGCGAGCAAGCCAUUUCAAUGGCAAGAAGAGUAACGAUAAGUCUCCGUAUUGCAAUACUGCUAAAAUGGUACGUCGAUACUCCACAUGA